AUGGGGGUGCGGGAACGGGGCCCAAUUGGGAGGAUUGGGCGGUGGCAUAAAUUGGGGUCUGGCACCCAAGUUGGUGGUGGUGGCCGUAAGGAGGCGAGGGAUUGUUUGAGACACUGUGAGACACUAUUUGACAACUACAACGCAAUACGUUCAGCAACGGAGAAAAGUCAUGUACAAUUGUAUGGAGACUACAGAUUGGGAUUUUUGAAACAAUUCUAUUCCGAUAAAGUUGGAGUCGAAUACUUGACAGAAUACCCAGAAUCUCUUGAGGAAACCAAAGAUGUUAAUAGCAGAGAAAUACCAUUGCAUUUCGCAAGGAUGAAAUUGAAAGCUGCAAAGGGACCUGGAAGUGUCAUGUUAGAGAAACUAGAACAACUGAUCAAAAGCCGUGUAUUUGCUGACAAAUUGAUUUCAAAUAUUCUCGAAAUGUACACUGAAGGAGACCUUGUUUCACAAACGGGUUUGGAAACUGAAAGACAGAAAUUUGACAUAAAUAUGUUCUCUUGUUACGAAGAUUUGCUUGAUGCUUUUGAUAAUAACUGCUUGAGUAUUCCCAAGAACACGUACUUUCUGACUCACCUGUACAAAUUCGCCAACAUUUGUAUGAGAGACGAGAGUUCCAUUAUGGCUAUGACAACGAUCCAGACGGUUUGCAAAAAAGAAAUGCCAGCCAUUCAUAAACUUGGCACUUACAUUGAGUAA